CUUCAUCUCAUCCAUGUAGAGCCAGACCAAGCCAGAAUCUGCAGCCUCUGCAGCCACGGAGAGCACCAUCGACGGCAAGACCAAGCAGAAGAUGAAGGAAGAGAAGGGUAAAGAGAAGGCGACCACGGAGAGCACCGUGGAGAGCGAGACCGAGCUAGAGCCUGCAGUCUCUGCAGCCACGGAGAGCACCAUGGAGGACGUCGAGCGCUUCAGCACGACUACCCCAUCUAUGCCGACACUCGACUUCUUUCGCGACGGCGACAAAAUUCUCAAGCGCUUCUCUCUGAUCCCGAAGCUCGAAGGCCGUGGUGUGGACAGCGCGGGACCACAGCAGCAGAGCUGCACGCCAAAGUUUCAGAUGACGCUCCUCAAUGGUCUGGCGGAGAUACUCUCCUACUACUAUCUCCCCGCCAAGAAGUUUGGCCCAAAGGAUCGCCACAUCCUCUUGACGAUCUCAGUCUCCACCAUCCGCCAAACCAAGCGCCUCAAGAACUGCGAUACAAUCUGGGUUAACCCCGCUCACCAGAAGGUUUUCUGCGACGCCGCCAUGCCAAUCUACUACAAACUCUGUAAGAUGGCCUUAGCAUGGAGCCGGUCUUCACAUCCCUACCCACCCCAGGAUAUGCUCAAGCAAAAGACGUGGGCACAAUAUUUCGCACCCAAGGAGCCUCGCUCGCAGUCUAUUCCCUAUGUACAAACCCUCCCAAAGGGAGCCAUUGCCAUUCGAGACCAAUGGUUGGCGACCCUCGACGUGGUGAUGCGGAAGUCAACAGAUAUCAAGGACGGCGAUUCCGAGAGCACCCGUGAAUGGAAGGAAAAGCGUCGCAAUGAGUACUACGAUCAUCUCCCAGAUUUCAACGGAGGAUAUGAGGGAACUUCGCUUCAAGGAACGAAAGUGAAGGAAGUGGAGUCAAUCGAUGACGUUGAGAGCAAGGGUAGUAGUAGCGUUGGGUCACUGUAUCACCUGAACAAGUUGGCCAACAAGUACAACCCGGGCCUCGAAGACUUGAACAUGGGACCAGAAGAGGGAUAUGAAGACAGGGCCAUUGACAUGGUCAUCUGGCCGAAAGCGGCGGUCUCCGGUGAUGACGAUCUGGGUGGAUUCAAGAUGGGUGAAGCUGAGUAAGUGCAUAUCAAACACUCAGUAGCGAGCGUUUGCCAAAGCAGACUGGAAUUCAGGGAGCCUCCGGAGGGAAGCAAGGAUUAAUUUCUUACCUCCAAUAAUGAAGAGUUUUGAGGUCUCU